UUAAAGUUAUGACAUUGGCUUUAGUGAAGUCCCAGUUACAGAUUUUUCAACAUUCUCGUGAACAGAUGGAGCGCUACAGGGUUCUAUGGAGAGUUGUUAUCUCUUCAUUCUGCUUUACCAAGGUUCUCUGCGGCCACUUAGCACCUGCACAACAAGAACCUCCAUUACAAACCAGGAGUAGCUGUGACUAUCCGGAACAGUGUUAUCAGUGGACGUCACUGCCUCCCGGUAGCGAUACAUUAAGCUGUGACAUUGACAGUGUCCAACAGACCAGUCCCAACGCACUGCUGGAUCCUUGUCGCGGCUGGCUCCGGGCGUUUUCGCUGUAUCCGUACCGGUUCGAGAUCCUUCCAAACGAAAUGGGUUUCGAUUCGGGAGAAAAGAUAUACGCCCAAUUUGCACAAUCUAAAUGCUACGUCAAAGCUGCCCCAAGUUCCGCGUACCCAGACAGAAAAUCGGCCACCAUGAGAUCGGCUGCAUUUCGACCGAACGGCUGCAUCAAACUGCAGACAACGUUCUGGUACCGGAUGUCAUCUGCGCCGAUACUCACGGGUGCCCGCGACAAGGAUUACUUUCUGGAGUUGGUAGUGCACCAUUCUGCGGACAAUGCGCCUGGAUUCAUCCCGAACUGGCAAAUUUGGGGCAGCAUCAGCGAUUACACGGCCUUUCCUGGUCACAAUGUGUGGACAAGGGUCCAAGCGGAAUACGCUACAGACGACCAGUUCACUCUGAACUUUUAUGCGCACCACGGUGACACUUGCAAUACGACAUGGAUCGAUUUGGACGGCAUAGAAACGAGAAUAGCGAUGCCGAUCGAGUGUACCACUACAACGGUUUUCCCAACCAAUGAAACCACCGAGACUCCCGUUUUCUUACCAGAUACUACUCCGAGUACCGAAGCAACGAUUACUUUUGACAACAGCACGAGCAACCUGAUACCCAUCAGCAAUUGUCCACUUCCGUGGCCGUGCUAUGGAUGGAUAACCAUAAGGUCAUGCGACAUGGGGACGGUAGCUCAAGCAGAUAACUCUGUCACCGGUAUUUUGGCGUGCUCUGCUCCUCCAGCUAUUACUUGGUACCGCGGCUAUAGAUACUUCCCAUAUCAGUUUGAUUUGCUCAAAAACAACACCGGUGCUGGGGACAUAAUUGCCGUGUCACGUUGCACCAGGAGGUCGACCGGGUUACCACCCGACCGAGAUGAAGCCGUGGCUGUCCUGCGUGGACCAAUCAUCGUCUCCACCGCCUGUAUCGUUUACCGUGUCAAGUUUUGGUAUCGACUUUCCGAUUACCCCGUAAUUAAUCCAGCUAAUCUACGGGACGAAUUCGUCCUGAAGGUUUUCGUGGAAGACAAUGGACAAGCCUUUCCUAAUGAUCAAAUAUGGGGCAAAGCAGAUGACUAUACCGGCGUCAGUCCUAAUCAGUGGCACUUUGGCCAAGCGAUUUUCGGCCGCGACAGAGGCGAACAAUUCACCGUUAACUUCCUAGCAUACCACAAUGACGGCUGUGAGCUGAGCCUAAAAACCAUUGCUCUGGACACCAUUCAAAUUGAGAACGAGCGGUAAGCGUUCCUUACGGCUCGGCUUUCUGCCUCCCGACCACUCCGACUUCAACAGCUGCAAGCACUUCCCAAUCUUACGAAGCCACAGCAUCGCCCAGUCAACCGUUCACAACGUCAUUUCCACCGCAGUCCAGCAACGCCCCGCCCGGAUCGGAGCAGUGCGAAUUCGCUCCCGCCGUUAUCGCGCGUUGCAGUAACGGCACGGUUACUAUGCCCGCAGUGCAACCUGAUUUGAGCGAGGCCAGCGACGCCGUGUUUGAUGGUGACAACACGUACCUGUGCCGAACACAUUUGCGCAACUUGCAUGCAUGGCUACUGGAACAGGCUGCGAGGACGGUUCCUCACCAACCACCGCACUCGUUCACCACCGUCAGCUGUCAACGAGGAGCGCUGCAGUUCUCGGCGUCGGACCCGGAUACUGCACUGUCCACCAGCUUACAAUUCCGGGCGGUAUCGGUAGAUUUAAAAUGCCGAAUUAUUUUCGCUGGGUUCCUAACGCAGUUGUCAUCACUCAGCAAAAACUUAUAGUUCGACGUAGCUUUGUGUCCGGCUAUUCCAAGUUAUGUAUCAGAAGUUCUUUUCUUUGUU